UUCGAUCGGUAGCGGGAGCGGAGAGCGGACCCCAGAGAGCCCUGAGCAGCCCCACCGCCGCCGCCGGCCUAGUUACCAUCACACCCCGGGAGGAGCCGCAGCUGCCGCAGCCGGCCCCAGUCACCAUCACCGCAACCAUGAGCAGCGAGGCCGAGACCCAGCAGCCGCCCGCCGCCCCCGCCCUCAGCGCUGCCGACACCAAGCCCGGCACCACGGGCAGCGGCGCAGGGAGCGGCGGCCCGGGCGGCCUCACAUCGGCGGCGCCUGCCGGCGGGGACAAGAAGGUCAUCGCAACGAAGGUUUUGGGAACAGUAAAAUGGUUCAAUGUAAGAAACGGAUAUGGUUUCAUCAACAGGAAUGACACCAAGGAAGAUGUAUUUGUACACCAGACUGCCAUAAAGAAGAAUAACCCCAGGAAGUACCUUCGCAGUGUAGGAGAUGGAGAGACUGUGGAGUUUGAUGUUGUUGAAGGAGAAAAGGGUGCGGAGGCAGCAAAUGUUACAGGCCCUGGUGGAGUUCCAGUGCAAGGCAGUAAAUACGCAGCAGACCGUAACCAUUAUAGACGCUAUCCACGUCGCAGGGGUCCUCCACGCAAUUACCAGCAGAACUACCAGAAUAGUGAGAGUGGGGAAAAGAACGAGGGAUCGGAGAGUGCUCCCGAAGGCCAGGCCCAACAGCGCCGGCCCUACCGCAGGCGACGGUUCCCACCUUACUACAUGCGGAGACCCUAUGGGCGUCGACCACAGUAUUCCAACCCUCCUGUGCAGGGAGAAGUGAUGGAAGGUGCUGACAACCAGGGUGCAGGAGAACAAGGUAGACCAGUGAGACAGAAUAUGUAUCGGGGUUAUAGACCACGAUUCCGCAGGGGUCCUCCUCGCCAAAGACAGCCUAGAGAGGACGGCAAUGAAGAAGAUAAGGAAAAUCAAGGAGAUGAGACCCAAGGUCAGCAGCCACCUCAACGUCGGUACCGCCGUAACUUCAAUUACCGACGCAGACGCCCAGAAAACCCUAAACCACAAGAUGGCAAAGAGACAAAAGCAGCCGAUCCACCAGCUGAGAAUUCGUCCGCUCCUGAGGCUGAGCAGGGCGGGGCUGAGUAAAUGCCGGCUUACCAUCUCUACCAUCAUCCGGUUUAGUCAUCCAACAA